AUGAAAUGCGAUUUUUGUGAGGAGAGUACCCCUUUGAUUGGUAAUAAUCCAUGUGUUAUAGAGACAGAUAUCAUGCGUCAUUCUUUGUUCUUGAAAUACUCGCAAUCACAGAAUUACCAUUACACUAAGGGCAUUACGGAGAUCUUACACAAUUACCGUACAGCCAACAAUAUACUUUACAAGGAUGUGAUCACGUAUGACACACCUGAGGAAUUGCUCUGUAAAAUCUAUAAAUGUGACGUAAUGUAUGAAAAACUGCAAAUGUUGGGUGAGUAUUACAAGGUACUGAUUCAUAGUCAUUUCACUAGUUCCAUAACGAUAUCCCUCGGUUAUUCAUGCUUCCAGCCAUAAUCCCGUUGAAUUACUACCAUGACAAGAAGAGGAGAUUGGAGUACUUUCGCAUUGCCAAGUUGAUAGCUCAGGAGAACAAGAAUAAUCCAGACAAACCCCCCAAGGGAAUAGUAGGAGAUUCGCCAAUGCCGUAAUCCAGCCAAUAGGUGACUGCUCAAGAUCCCAGCUCCUCUGACGAAGUAAGACAGAACACCCUGAACUUAGCCGAUGUAUAAAUGUGAGAAGAUCCUUGAAGGUAUCAGCAUCAUUGAGCCCAAACCGUAAUUCGUGAACUUCAAGUAAUAGCUGCAGCAAUAUAAACUUAUGCAAUCUACCAACCCCAACUUCAAAUAUGAAAACUACAAGCCUCCUAAUAAAGAAUAGUAGAAUUUAUAAAAGAAACCAGUUAUACAGCAUCGCAAAUCAAGUAUAACAAGUAUACUUAAUAUGCUCAAGACAUCUAUUCCAAAAGGAGUUGCAAAAAAGAAAAAUCAAUCCUAAAAAUCUGAUUAGUUGCACAUUGUAAUUUGUUCAGUUUUUUAAUUUAGACUCCGAGAGAAGUAGAAUAUAAAUCUCCAAGUAAUAGAACAUUAUUACCAAAUCAAUAAAGAAUUGCUACUCUUCUCAAAUCACCCAAAUGCACUACUCCAAGAGCUCCUUAAUAAAGUCCACAGCUUCCAAAAAAAGUGUAAUAAUUAGAAUUAAAAGUCAUGUCUGAUUUACAAACUCUUUUAGCCAAAAAACUAAUCAGAGAUUCCAAACAAUGUUGCACUGUGCAUUUCGACAGUCUGUCUCUUGCGUAAGAUCCUCGCAGUCUUACUUAGAGAUACGAAAUAACAAAUCGUCUUAAGGGACAGUCAUCUAGGAAGAAAUUGAGCAUCAAGGAAUUGAAUUAGUUUAGGAGAGUUAAAAUUCAGGAACCUCUCUCUAAUAGGGAAGUCAGUAGGAAGGUAAACACAAAAUCAAAAUCGAAUGAUAAACCAUUAUAAAUUAAUACGAGUGGAGAGUAAAAACUUGUAUAUUAUUAAUAAACUCAUUCUGCGAGAUAAGUGACUAAUUCACAGCAAUCAACGAUGCUGAAGUAGAGCAGUGGGUAAUCCUCUUCUCAGCAAAUGCAUCAUCAGAAAUCAGCCACGGGAAAGGCUAUUGGAAAAUCCAUGAAGUAGACCAACACUUUCGAUUCUCAACUUUACAAGGUAGCACUCAAUUUGGCAGUCAAAUCAGUUAGGAGCAGGAAAUAAUGAAUGGAAUGA